AUGGAGAGUAUUCUUGUUGGGACUCGCACUCGUGUCGACUGCCGGACUGCACUGCCAUCACGUCUUGCCUUUUUAUAUCGUCCACUGACACUAGCCUCGUCCAAUUUGGUUUCGUCAUUUGAUCUAUCCAUCGCUUGUUCUGGCCUUCGUGAUUCGUCCAAAAUGACCGAUUCCGACAGGCCUUCUGGCAGGUUUUCCAGUAUGUUCCCACCGGUUCCAGCGAAACGUUUUCUUAACUGA